AUGUCCGACCUUCUCAGCUCGCGCUGGGCGCCUGGUGCGAGCGAGUACCAAUACAGCCACCACUCUCUUCGCCGCCCUCAUUCCGAAAACCGCACCCGAUCGGCCUCCGCACAAGCCCCCAAUCGCGUCCGCAAUGGCACACCUUCCGCCCCAGCAAGCACAAACAGCACCCUCCUCCCACCCUCCGAAGAACUAAACCGAUUCAUGAAAAUCGUCGCUCGUCUGCGCUGGAAACUCCCCUUCCUGGCCGAAGGCUAUCGCCUGGCAACACUCCAUGCCAAUGGCGUGGAUGUCUCAGAUGCAGACGUCUCGCAGGCGGAGAUCAUGUUCAAGAUUGAUUUCCAUGAGUACUACGCCCUCCUCGAGCGCGCGAUCGUGCAUUUACUGGGGGUGUUCAACAUCACCGUUUCCUCUCGCGGACACCGCGGGAUAAACGGGUUCUCCAAUUCGCCCGCAAUCCACCGCUACCACGCCAACGUGCUCCACGCCCUCGAACAAGAAACAACGCCUUUAACGCCCAUUCUGGGUUCCGGGCGCGUGCAUUUUCUUUUACGUAAAGCGAAGGAACUUCGUAAUAGAUGGAAAACGGCGGACAUGACACAAGAAGAAAGAGAAAACGACCCGUUCGAGAAAAAAGAGGUGCUACCGUUAUCGGCGUUUGAUUUCGAGGAUAUCUUGUCGGGGAUUUUUAAUGGGCUUGAGGAGGCUUAUGUGAGGGCUAGGGAGCACGUCGAUCUUUGUAGACGGCCUGGGGAGGGGGAGGAGGGGGAGGAGAUGGAAUCGGAAGCGGAUUGGAGGUUUAUGGUCGAGGGCAUGGAUUGGGAGGCUGUUUAG